AUGGAGUUAAAGACUGCAGCUACGACGUCAAUAGUAGCUUCUGACAUGCAUCUAAUACAUAUGAUAGAGCACAAAAAUUCAUUCAGGAAGUUACAAAGAAUUUUGGCAUACGUGCUUAGAUUCACCAGGAAUGUACGUAUGCAAAAGGCACACCGGCCUCAACAUAUAGCAGUGUCUUCCAACGAAUUAGACGACUCCCUUCGUCUAAUAAUUCAAGCCGUACAAUCAUCCGAAUUUGCAGCUGAUAUCAACGCAUUGAAGGCUGAAAAGCAGAUUAAUAAGCAUAGCUCGUUAUGCAGUUUAUCACCGUUUUUGGAUGAUGAAGGCAUUCUUCGCGUUGGAGGAAGAUUGGAACAUGCUAUGCUACAAAUGGAUGCGAAACACCAAAUGACAUUGCCUUAUAAUGAUCCAUUGGUGAAAUUGCUAUUUAAGACAGUUCACGAAGAAAACAAACAUUGUGGAGCUCAAGCCCUGUUAAACACAAUAAGACAGCGAUUCUGGCCAAUAAAAGGCAAGAUAACAGCAAGGGCUACCGUUCAAAAAUGCAUAAAAUGUAAUAGAGCGCGACCACAGCUAUAUCAACAAAUAAUGGGAAAUUUGCCAGCAACAAGGGUAGUUCCUGCUCGACCAUUUAUCAACUCUGGAGUCGACUACUGUGGACCAUUUUGGAUACAUUACAAGGUCAGGGGCAAACGACCAACAAAGGCUUAUGUCGCUGUAUUCUGCUGCUUUGCAACAACGGCUGUUCAUUUAGAGCUCGUAUCGGACCUAUCAACUGAAUCAUUCAUUGGCGCUCUUAAACGAUUUAUAGCUCGCCGAGAUCACUGCCAAAAUAUAUAUUGCGAUAACGCUACAAACUUUGUUGGAGCCAAAAAUAGUUUAGAGGAAUUAUCUGAAACCUUAUAUUCGGACAAGACGCAAGAGCUACUUUUAUCAGCUGCAAGUUCCAAGGGCAUACAGUUCCAUUUCAUUCCACCAAGAGCUCCGCAUUUCGGAGGCUUAUGGGAAGCUGCAGUGAAGUCCGCAAAACGUCUCUUGGUCCGUAGUGUUUCAACGGAAACACUUACUCAUGAAGAAUUAGAGACAAUAAUAGUAGAAAUCGAAGCUAUUUUGAAUUCGCGUCCGCUCACACCUCUUUCAAACGAUCCAGAUUGCCUUGAAGCAUUGACGCCGGGACAUUUUCUAAUCGGCGAAGCUCUAACUUCACAGGUAGAUAGUAGAGCAGAAACUUCGAAAACAUCCAGUAUAACACACUGGAAGUUAAUUUCGCAUAUUAAGCACCAAUUCUGGAAAAGAUGGUCGGAAGCAGCAACGUACUCAGGAUUUCAUUUCGGGGGGGCCCGGUAG